GACAGUUUGGAGCAGGAGGACGGACUGAGGAGCAGCUUUUCGUGUCCACUUCUUCCUCUUCUCCUUCUUUCAUCGCUCCGCUUCCAGCUGCUCCGCUGUUAUCAUUCCAAGGUUGUUGCAGAUUUUUUUUUUAUUUUAGUUUAAUUAUUUAUUUUCUUUUAUUGGAGGAGGGGGGGUGUUUUGUUGGCGUCUUGUAACAUGGGCUCCGUGCUACCCGCCGACGCUUUGGCUCUCAAGUCUGGAUUUAAAUGUCCGAGCCGCUCGCUGUCAGACGUGAUCACCUCGGACAUCCUGCACAGCUUCCUGUACGGCAGGUGGAGGAACGUGCUGGGCGAACACCUGGCCGAGGAGCGGCAGAGCGGCAGCGGCUGCAGCCCCAAGACCGCCUUCACCGCCGAGGUGCUGGCUCAGUCCUUCGCUGGAGAGGUGCAGAAGCUGUCCAGCCUGGUGCUCCCCAGUGAAGUGAUCAUCGCCCAGAGUUCAAUCCCUGGAGAAGGUCUGGGGAUCUUCUCAAAGACUUGGAUCAAAGCAGGGACCGAGAUGGGCCCUUUCACCGGGAGAGUCCUGUCCCCUGAACACGUGGACCUGCUCAAGAAUAACAACCUAAUGUGGGAGGUGUUCAAUGAAGACGGCACGGUGCGCUACUUCAUCGAUGCCAGCCAGGAGGACCAGCGCAGUUGGAUGACUUACAUAAAGUGCGCACGAAAUGAACAGGAGCAAAACCUGGAGGUGGUGCAGAUCGGCAGCAGCAUCUUCUACAAGGCGGUGGAGACGAUCCCACCAGACCAGGAACUUCUAGUCUGGUAUGGAAACACUCACAACACAUUCCUGGGAAUCCCUGGAGUGCCAGGAGCAGAUGACGAACAACAGAAGAAAAGCAGGAAUGAUGACUCCCACUCCUCUGACGCCACUUCGUCUUGUUCACCCUCCUCCUCCAUCACAGCCGGACGGAUGCGCUGCGUCAUUUGCCACCGCGGCUUCAACUCCCGCAGCAACCUGCGCUCGCACAUGCGCAUCCACACUCUGGACAAGCCCUUCGUCUGCCGCUUCUGCAACCGGCGCUUCAGUCAGUCGUCCACGCUCCGAAACCACGUGCGGCUGCACACCGGCGAGCGGCCCUACAAGUGUCACGUGUGUCAGAGCGCCUACUCGCAGCUGGCGGGCCUGAGGGCGCACCAGAAGAGCGCACGGCACAAACCGGUGACGCACGCCGCUGACGUGCCGUCCCAGGUGUCCCCCCCUCCCCCACAGAUUGCGGCCAUGCCCCACCAGCACCAGAUGCCCCUGGUGCACCACAUCCCCACCAUGGUACUAUGAUGACGGAAAACGCGGAGGGACAGUCACGCAGAACAACGUUGCACUUUAGAUUACAGCUGUAUAGAAAGGUGAUCCAAACGAGUCCGGCCCACAUAAGGGAAACACAUGAAUUGAUAUGACGAGUAAAACAUCUCACAAAGGCAUUUAAAUUGGUUGCCUUAUUUGUAUUGCUUGUUUCUUUGGUUAUUAUGUGGUCAACAUUCCAGCAGAAAGAUGUUAAUGACUGUAUUUUGGAGAGCUGAAGUAUACUGAAAAAAAUCAAGAUUUUAUGAAUAAUUUGUUGUUAAGUGUCACAUGUCACUAUAGAUGAGGGGACUUUUGUCUAUAUUUUACGCAUCCUCACCAGCUCAGGUGAAAAGUAGUUUCAAACAUCGGUCAGAUUUGUACAGGAGGUAGAAAAUAAACGACGUGGCCACCAGUGUACAUUGUUUCCACUGCAUCACACCACACUGUAAAUUGAAACCGUCACUUUAACCUUGCACAGACUGUAUACUAUACUAUUGUGUAAUUGUAAAAUUGUAUUGUAUGCUACUGUACAUGUGAAUGUAAAUGCAUUUGUGCUUUCUUCUAUUCUAAAUAAAUAUGAUAUGAUAUUA